UAUGGUCAUCAAGUAUUUGGCGAGUUGAGCGAAUGGUACAUAAUAAACGUGAUAUUUUAAAGAUUAAUGUUAUAUACACAUUAUUGAAACACUGAAACUCUAACCAUGGCGGAUGUUUUGGAUAUCGAUAAUGCUGAGGAGUUUGAAGUCGAUGACGAAGGAGAUCAGGGUAUCGCGCGUCUUAAGGAAAAAGCGAAGAAAAGAAAAGGUAGAGGCCAUGGUGCAGAAUUAGUAUCUACGAGAGAUGAUGUUGGUCAUUACGAAUCCAUGAAUCUUAUUGAGGAAGAUGACAAUGAGCCUGGUCCUCAGAGAUCUGUAGAGGGAUGGAUCUUAUUCAUAAAUUCAGUACAUGAAGAGGCACAGGAGGAUGAUAUUCAGGAUAAAUUCUCUGAGUUUGGCCAAAUUAAGAACUUGCAUUUGAAUCUGGACAGAAGAACGGGAUUUCUGAAAGGUUAUGCGUUGGUAGAAUAUGAAACUUUUAAGGAAGCACAAGCUGCAAAGGAGGCUCUAAAUGGUACAGAAAUCUUAGGUCAAGCUAUCUCUGUCGAUUGGUGCUUCGUAAAAGGACCAAAAAAAAUCAGGAAAAGAAGUCACAGAAGGCGAUGAGAAUUAUAGAUUAAUGACUACUAUCAUAUCUUCUAUCGUAUUAUUUCAAAUUAUUUUAUAUUUGAUAAGCAUUUUUAAAAAUGCUCGAAAUAUUUUCUUCAUUAAAAUUUUUGCUCUUUUGUCCUAUAUAUCUAUUCAUAAUCUACUCAGAUAUGAAGAACUUUGUAUGUUCGUUAGUAAAUAGAAUCAUGAAUAUCAUCCAGAUAUAGCCUCUUGUAUAAAUAAGAACAUUAAUAUUUUAUGUGAA